AUGGAGAAGGCAAAGCAAGCUAUUUCUGACUUCACGUCCCGCGAUGGUCAACACAAGACAUCGGUGCAUCAGGAUGUCCGAGAAUCCGUCACCGACGAGCAUCGCAAGGCCCACCAGCACGAAAACGUGAUGACUGCCGUCGACCGUGAUGUCCACAAAGACCACCACCACACAGUUGUCCAGCCUCUGGAGCACACUGAGGUCCUCCCCGAUAAGCAUUCACACCGUGUCGCGGAUGUGGAGCACAAGACUUUCCACCAUGGCAAUGAGCAGGAACUGAAGGACACGCUUGAUCGUGAUAUCGGCAAGUACAAAGACACGACCACGACUCAUGAAACGACCCACUCGAGCACCACUGCUCCUAUGGUGCAGUCAGAGCGGGUUCACCAUCACGUCCACGAGCACAUUCAGCCCGUCCUUCACAAGGAGGUUAUCCAGGGACACGUCGUGCACACCACAGUGCCCAUUCACGAAACCCACCACGUGGCCCCAGUCCACCAUGAGACUUCAGUCCUGCCCACCAAGACCCUGGCGGAAUUUGAGAAGGGUACCGGCUCGCUGCACGCCAAAGAAGCGACCCAUGUUGGUACAGUUGAAGGCUGCCCUCAGGGCAUGGGGUCGAAUGAGUUCGAGCCAGACAAGGUCCAUGGCAAACACAGCCACCAGCACGGUCAUCAUGGCCAGCUUGGUGAGCAGGCUCAGCGCGGCCAAAUUGCAGAGCAGGGCCAGCUCGGCCGGGAUGGCCAACUGGGUCAAGAGGGUCAUCAAGGUCAUCUUAAGGAAGAUGAACUCGGUGAACACUCUCGCAUGCACGGUAAUAACGGAUUCGUUGGCGCUCCUGGCGCUGGGGCGGUCGGCGCUACUGGAUCUGCCGCUGCUGCUGCCAAGGCUGCUCACCACAAUACAUCCACGACCGGCAACCAAGUAUGUAGCUACUCACAUCCUCGGGAGGAACAAUAUGCUAACUUCAUAUCAGUCCCGCGUUGGUGGUAA